CCAUUUCUCUCCCCCUCUAGUUUAGAAAUGGGAAGUUCCAUAUGUUAAACGUCAUGUGAUUCUGUGACACAUGUGUAUGUAUUUAUAGGAGGUGCCUAGUUACUCUUCUCAGACUUCACUGGACAUCCCUUCUCAGAACCACUGCACAUCUCAAAGAAGUUUCCUGCCACCAUGAUGACUGGGGGCUUGUCUGACCCUAAACCCGCUACUCCAGAGAUCCAGCAUCUUGCUGACCAGGUGAAGCCACAAUUAGAAAGCAGGGAGAAUGAGACCUAUAACAUCUUUACAGCCAUAAUAUACCGGACUCAAGUGGUUGCUGGAAUCAACUACUUCGUUAAGGUCCAAAAUUCUGAUAAUGGCUACGUCCACUUAAGAAUAUUUCAAGCCCUUCCUCAGGAGAACCAAGGUCCCAGCCUCACCGAUUAUCAGACUGGCAAAACCAGAGAUGAUCCUCUGGUCUACUUCUGAGGGUGGUGAGGAAUGGUUCCUCACUUCUGCAAGUCACAUGCGGAUUCUGUCUGUCAGUAAAUGCAUGAGAAUAAAAUAUACUUGAAAGCUGUUAAUCUACCACGUGUCAUGUCUAGAUCUGCUGCCUGGCUAAAGCUUCAGCGGGCUCUGAAGUACUAGUCACACCUGCUUCUGCCACCUACAAUACUGUAGCUCUGAGUCAGAGUACACUACACCCCUUCCAGCAAUUCCUUCCAAGCACUGUCAAGGCAAGCUCGGAAUACAAAGCUCAGGCUGUUCUGAGACUAUUUUUGAGUGUAACAGGCCACAUACUUCCUGGGUUUGCUUUAAGUGCAUUAAUUACAAGCUAUUGGCUGAUCUUCAGAAGCUGUGUGAGAUAAAUGUAUUUCUAGGGGUGGAGCUGAGAAGUCAAACUGCGUGCCCCUCUCUAAAAGCAACUUGGCUGUUUGAGGUGGGGAUGAAGAAGGGGUGGAACUACUCAAAGUAGCAGGAGGGGCUGCAGCAGAAACAACUCAGUCUGUGUUCAGGCCCUGGAGUAGGGACUGACCCUGAUGACUAGGGAUGUAUGGAGUUCACCCUUAUUUGUAGCAACAGCCACCUGCAAUGACAGUCUUCAGUUAAGACUUCUGCAGGAACAAAGACAGAGGGCAACCCCGAACCAACACAAUUAUUUUCCUGCUGGCAGCUGCUCAGGCAGGGUCUCUGGACUUACCUGCCAUACAACUCCGAGCUGGUGCUUAGGGGCGAGACAUCAAAUUGAAUGCUUUAAGUCCUUAAGUCCUAAGUGAAGACAAUCUGUAGAUCCCUGUGACUUUGGGAUUGCUGCCUAAUAUUUUCCAUGAGAGCUGAAUCUUGCUGUCAGAUGUCUUUAAAAUGCUCUAAGUCUGGCUUUAUCAGCACUAGCUGUCUUUCUCUCAGAAGAGCAUUUGGCAAAAAUAUUUAGCUUUUUGAACCAAGAAAAUAAUUUAUAAGUUUACCAGCAACAAAAAACAACUGUAUGUAUGUCUCCAGAACUACUUCAUUUUAGCAAAACAGGAAAUGUGUUACAGUGCAGAUUGUACUGUUUGUAUAUUUAACACUGGGGGUGGGGACUCUUUUGGCAGGUAAGAGUAAAAGCACAUAUAUGGAGAAAGUAGUUAAGAGAUCUGUUAAGUGCACCCUUAAUAAUCAGGAGGCAGAACAUGCUCUGUGUAAGCAAUGCUACCUACAUUGUAUAUAAGAAGCACAAUAAUACAUAUGUAAGUUCACCAUGCCUCCUAUUCUCAAAACUGCUGAGAGUUUCUAGGACCAAGAAUAUACUAUAGGACCAAGAACAUACAGCAGUGUAAUGUAAAAGUGGGCUGGUAUCCCUCAGUUCAGAAUGCAGCAACAUCUCUCCCCUCCCCAGUUCAUUAUACAAGGCAUGUGUCAAAACUUCCAGUGCACAUACACAGCCUUCCCCUUCCAGGUGGGAAGUCUUCCUUUCUGCAGAUUCUCCUAUUAGUUUCAGGGACCUCCAGAUGCUGAGGGCAAACCCUGCCAAUGAAGACAGGCAACACUGAGCAGCUUUUGGUCUUUUCUGUGUCCUCUGUCAACACGCCUGCAUUUUCCUUAGCUGGGAAAUUUCUCUUACUGCUGACAUACCUGCUGAAGCCUUCCUUGUUGCACUCCAUGUCCCUCACCAGAGUAAAAUAAAGUAUUUCUAACUAAAACAUAAAAACAAACAUAAACAUAAGGACAUCUGGAAU